AUGAAUAGGACGGCAAAAAUCCUUCGGAAAUGUUCCGAUUCGAAGGAUUCAUCAUUUGAAAUUCUUUUGAAAAAAAAGAUUUCGGGUAAAGUAAAACCGUUAAGGAAACCGCAUUUGAAUGAUUAUUUAAAUAUUUCUUAUUCUCUCGCGAGAAGCGUUCGCUACGAACAGUUUCUCGUCGCUUUAGGAGUUCAACACAAAGUCAUUAAGGAAACUGUCAAAAUACGGCCGACGGUGACUCUGUCGGAAGAAAAGAACGACGGCGUUGAAGGAGAAGUUUACAGGGAAAGAUCGGGGGGCGAAAGAAUAAAAUCCGAUUUCAAGAUAAGAGGUAACAGAGUCAUCGAGAAACAAAAUCUCAACGGGAAACAAGUCAUCAUCGAAAGGAAAUUCGGGGAAAACGAUUUGGUCGUGACGAUGAAAACGUCAAAGGUUGAAUGUCAAAGGUUUUACGUUUCCGUUUUCGAGUCGAAACACACGAUCAACACGGAAACGUCACGGAGACAAUCGUUUACGAGACAACACGAUUCGGCCGCGCUCACGGAAAUCCUUCCGGAAGAAACCCUCGUCGAAGAGAUCAAAAUGGAGGAAAUCGACAGCGAAGAAAUUUGCUAUUGA